AUGUUGUGUGAUGAAGAUGUAUUACGAACAUCGAGUGUGCGAUUUAUAUUCUUGGAUAUGAAACAAAUAGCAAAAGGUCAAAAACGUGGUAAAUUUGAAUAUCCAACAAUGGAUGAUGUGGUGAGUGAUUGGAAUACUGACGAGACACGGGAUAAACCGGAUAAACCGGCAUCCUAUGAAGGGACACUCUUGGAGGAACCUACAUAA